UUUUAUUUUGGCUAAAUUACAGAGUAAUUUGAUUUAAUUUAUGUAUUCUGCAGUUAUGGUGUCGUGUACGACGUCUAAGAAGCAGAAGAAGUUUCUGAGGAUUGUGGACGAACUGGGAAUGUCCAGUGGAGAUUAUGUUUUUAUUUUGCCUUACACUUUCGUCGUACCCGAUGACCUUCCGCUGGACUGUAGCACAAACGCCACGCUUCCCAGCAGCGAUGACUACUGUGAUUCGAGGACGCUUAACUCCCUGCGCAGCGCCUUAGUAAUCCAGCCCACGUUUCCCAAAUGGGAAAAAUUUGCAGAAACGAUGAAAGAUGUGCUGGUGCGCCGGAAAGAGCUAUACAAUUUAACUGAUCACGACAUCGAGACAUAUGACACGCAUUAUACAGAACUAUCGCGUACGCGGAAAAUCAGCGGCCGGCGGUUUCGUGACUACUUUACCAAUUCCACCUUCACCUUCGCUUCGCAGAAGGUCCAGUAUGCUAACGCUCUGCGUGUCAGUACCAUUCAAAUUCUACAGUUCGACUGGGACUCGUCAGACUCUCAAGUCAUUCUGGAGAUUAACAGUCUGAGACCGACAAAUCUUACCCGGAUGGAAUAUGUGCCCGUAUGGCUGCGGGGGAAUCCGCCGCCAGAUCGUCCAUUGUGUGGACUGCUUAAUGAAUUAUGCGCCGACCAGUCCGCGACGUACACGGCGGUGGGUUCGGCCGGGGGUGUGCUGAUUCUCAUCAGUAUCACCGUCACGAUCGUUGUGCAGUGUAUUCGGCGCUUGGGCCGCACCGUCAACGACGCUUUCUCCUGGUGGACGAUUCAAACCGAGGAGAUAGACUUCUCCGAUCGUCGUGCUAGUCUGAUGGUCCAGAGACCCAUGCCGACAGCCGCCGCGGCGUUUGCAGACCGUCUUAUUGGACUGCGUGGGUCUCCGUGUUGGGCAACGUGGGUGGACUGCACAACGAAAGGCAGCGCUGACGAGUUUGCCACGCCGCGCAUGAUUAAGCUGAUGGACAUGGUACGGAGUCUGCGUCACGAUAACAUCAAUCCGUUUGUGGGAAUCCACUUAUUCAAACCCUGCUGCAUCGUGGAAGAAUACUGUCCACGUGGCUCUGUUGCUGACGUCUUUGCGGACGAACAUCCAUUAGACCGCGAUAUGAAGAUAUCAGCCGUCAUCGACCUAAUUCGGGGUUUACAUUAUAUCCACACUUCCUCAUUGCACUUCCACGGCAACCUUCGCUCGACCAAAUGCCUCUUCACCAAACUGCUUUCCCUGCGCAUCGGUGACUGCAGUAACGAGCGGCUGAAACCCAUCUUGAAACCGGUCGAGCACAAGUACAGCCCAUCGUCACCGUGGAAACUGUUGUGGACGCCGCCGGAGAUACUCCGCGGGACCAGAUUGCGCAGCGCUGCCACCGACGUGUACGCUAUGGGCGUGAUUAUGCACGAGAUCGUCUUCCAGAACGGGCCGUUCAGUUUGGGCGCCGUUGACCAGAUUUCGGUGGAGGCAGCAACCGGUAAGACAUACUCCAUGGAAUACAGACAAAUUGCCUGA